AUGGCGCCAGCUGAACCCAUGAAACCCAUACGCCCGGAAGGACAUUAUAGCCUGGAGGAAUACACGAGGCGGUCCAUGUGUUUCACAAAGUCGAUACCCGGUAUGCCCUGGGCUACCACGGGCAUGGGAGGGAUAAGUAGGCGUCUGUCGAGAGUGUUCGCAUUUGAGGAGCCUACUAGCGUUGUCGUAAUGAGAUGUCCUUUGAUACGAAGAGACUGGGGGCUUGAGAAUCCCUUGUUCUAG